AUGCGCUGGGAAGUGACUAAGAAGAAACUAGCGGUGCGCGCGGUGCCUUUGCAAGCUGGCCGCCUCGACGAAGCUGGCCUCGCCUUUUCUCCUCUGCAAACCGCCCCCGUCCACGUACUUCCCGCACCUCAUCAUCCAUCCACCGCCAUCACCGUCCUUCCCUCCCAUUUCCCUUUCCCUUCCCUUCCCUUCCCUUCCCUUCCCUCCCUCCCUCACUCACCCUCCCUCAUACUCAAUAUCAUCCACUCCUCACUCUUGGCCACCCAUUCUAGUCUCCCUCAGCCAAGUCAAGUGAGGCAGUGA